AUGAUGAAAACUCUUAUCCCACUCAUAGUCGCAUUCCUAAUCAACCAUGUUGUGAUUGCAAAUGGCCAAUUACCGCCAGUGAACUCAACGAUGGAGAGACGCACCACAGACACCUGUGCCGACCCCACUCUCACCAACGUCUUUGUCCAAUCUUACAGCCCCUCCAAGAAAUUCCAUCUUAUCCAAAUGCGUUCCGAGUUCGCAGACUCACUCACAAAAGGAAACGCCGACUUUGCCUUCCAAGCCAACAUUUUCCGUGCAUGGAAUACGGCGCAGCCAUUCACCUUCCCUCUUCACCGUCUGUUUAACCCAACAGUGAACGAUUACAUUUUCGUAUUGUCAACGGACGGCACGGUCCCAGUUGUAGCUGGCUAUCAGGAGAAUUUUAUCCCUGCAUAUAUCUAUUCCACUCAGAUAUGCAAUAGCAUCCCGCUGUAUGCUGCUGCGCUGGCCAGUGCUACUGACCAUUAUUACACAACCAUUCAAAGCGAACGGGAUGAUAUGGUCAACAGAUGGGGGUGGACUGAUGCAGGAAUCAUUGGAUACGUUUUGCCUUUGCAUCAGGGUAUGCAGACGCGUUUUUAG